AUGAAUAUUUCCAAAACUACACGAAACUUAGUGAAAGCGAAAAACAACGGUAAAGGACUGAAGAUAUCCCAGAGCCAGAUUGCUCUUCAAAAAGGAACAAAGACAAGACGAAACUUAAGGAGUUCUAAAUAAGGAUCCUCUACUGAAGUUGCAUAAGAUAGAACCCGACCAAACGUCUAAGAAAAAGGGAAAGAAGGCCACUAAAAGUAUCAAAGAAGAUGAUUCACCAACCUUCUCUGAUUACUACGAAGAGCAAAAGGAUAUUGUUGGCCAAAUGGACAACCAGGUUUAUGAAGAGAAAGCGAAUCAUAUAAAGUGUUGUGUAAGAGUCAGACCUCUUAUUGACGAAGAGAUUGUCAAAGACGAGUGCAUCUCAUACCCUAAGCCUAAUACUAUUUUGGUAUCAGCCAACUCUAAGUCUGUUGAAAAGACAUAUGACCAGGUAUUCCCUCAAGAUGCUCAACAAUCUGAUGUUUACAGUUUUAUAUCUGAUGCUGUUGGGGGUAUCCUUAAAGGAGUAAAUUGCACAAUUUUAGCAUAUGGCCAGAAAAAUACUGGCAAAAGUUAUACAAUGUUUGGCCAAAAUUGGGAAACUAGAGUCAAGGAAAUUGCUACAAGAACACUGGAAUGUCUCAGAGAGGGCAAGCAAUAUGAUGGUAAUGAGUCAGAACUGUAUGAUCUUGGCUUAAUACCCAGAAGUAUCCAAGAGGUGUUCUAUUAUCUCAACAGUAAUAAUAUUGAUCCAACAAAGGUUAAAGUUUAUCUCUCCUUUGUUCAGAUCCAUAAUGAAAAAAUCUAUGAUCUUCUGCAAGAUUCUGACACUAAAGAAGAUCUCAAGAUUAGAGAGGAUAAAAAUAAUGGAAUUUAUGUAGAAGGGCUCUCUGAGUACCUUGUGUCUACCUCUCUUGAUGCUUAUACCAUGCUAAAGAGAGGAGAUAAUAACUUUUAUUCAGGAGCAAGGAGGUUUAGUAACUCUUCUUCCUCUCAUAGAAUCUUCCAACUCUACAUUGAAUACGAUAAUCCUGAUGAAGAUAAAUUAUACAAAACUAAGCUUAAUUUCUGUGAUCUUGGAGGCUUUGGGAAUAAUGCCAAAGAUUCUGAUCUAAAUAAAUACUCCUUAUCAGCGCUAGGAAAAGUAAUCAAAUGCAUGUCCAACAGAACACCAGGAUAUAUCUCAUACAGGGAGAGCAAGCUGACCAGAUUAUUGCAGGACUCUAUUGAUAAGACCUCGAAUACCUGGAUUAUUUCCACAGUUUCUCCAGAUAUAGAUUCUUUUGAUGAUAUCCUUAAUACACUGAAAUUCACUGAUCAAGCUAAGAAAGUCAAAGUGAGAUCAUCUACCAACACAGGGGAAGCCAAGCAAUCUGGGAAAAUGGAGGAGCUCCAAAAAGAAGUGAAUUACCUGAAGGACUUGCUUAAGCUUAAAGCCAAGGGUACCAAUGAAGAGGUUCAUCAACAGUUAUACAACUUGAAGAAAGAAAAUAUGAAACUUCGCAAAUUAGUUUCAUCAAGUCUUGAUCUGAAUCAAUCUUCUUCUGCAAAAGGACUUACUUUGAAAAGUAUUGUGACAACUGCCAGAGGAAUUGGAGGAAAUGACUACUUCAGCUCAUAUGAUCCAACGAGGGAGGAUAACUCAGGUAUUGAGACUAGUCGGAACAUAAAGCCUAACAAUAGGUAUGCUUCUCUCACCCAAAACACCCCUAUACCAUCAGAUCCACAGCAUCGGGAGGAAUUUGACCCUAAAAAUGGCAACCUAAACACCCAGACUACCUCUAUAACCUCUAAUUUACAACAAAGACUCUCUCGUGGGGGUCGUAGCUCGACUGAGCUCCAGUUCGCUGGUGCCAAAAUCCUCGCUGGAACCUACUCCAAGGUCCCCAAAAGGUCAGGAAGCAUGACUAAGGAGGACGAUAUCCCUGUAAGGAUAAGAUCUCAGAAAUAAAAUAGAGCUCAAAAAUGGGUCAAAGACUAUCUCCCUAAACAGAAUCACUAGGAUCAAUGAAAAGCAGAAAGAGAAUAAGAAAUUUAAAUGGAAAAUUAGUUACUUGAACGAACUUGAGAAGAAGAUGAAACAAGGAUUCCAGUACAACUAGCCUCAAAAAUGAACAAAAUGAACAAAAUUAUCAUAGUUGAGUAUGCAAUCUUUUCUAC